CAUAUGGAGCGGAUGGCUGUGGUUUUUAUUCUCCUUCUCUCUCUCUUCCUCACGCUUUGUGGCUGUGGAGGAGACGGGAGACUCGAGUCUCUCCUCUUCCGCUCUUUUCGCCUCCCUCUCACUCCAUUUCUUUCUCCCUCCCUCCUCCCCAAUGGGAGCUCCCCCCCUUCGGCCCUGGCUCCUCCCCUUUCCAUGACCUUUUGAGGGUCGCCUGCCGCCCAUGGACUACGACGCCGCCGCCGCCGGGGUCCACAAGCGCGGCGCCCGGGCGUCCUCCGUGUCCGUCACGGAGGCCUCCGCCUCGACGUCCCCGUCGCGCCGCCCUUCUAUGGACGAAGAAGCAAUGUGGCAAAUGAGCAUCAGAGAGAUUGAUUCCAUGGAAUCGGGACCCUACCCUGAGCGUCUAGGGGAGCCUGACUGUACUUAUUAUCUUAGAACCGGCCUUUGCAGAUACGGGAUGACUUGCAGAUACAAUCAUCCUCCUAAUAGACAGAUGGCUAUUGCUACUGCAAGUAUUAAGGGAGGAUAUCCUGAAAGGGUCGGACAUCCUGAAUGUCAGUUCUAUCUCAGGACGGGUACAUGCAAAUUUGGAGCUACAUGCAAAUUUCAUCAUCCUAGAGAUAAGGCAGGGAUUGUUGGGAGAGUCCAACUAAAUGUUUUAGGCUAUCCAACUCGUCCGAAUGAGACAGAAUGUGCAUACUAUAUGAGAACUGGAGUAUGUAAAUUUGGGAGCACUUGUAAAUUUCACCAUCCACAGCCUUCUAAUACACUGGUUUCACUACGCGGGUCUAGUGUUUAUCCUGGUGUACAUUCUCCUACUUCUCAGCAAUCUUAUUCUGGGGGUUUGACAAACUGGCCCUUGUCAAGAGCUUCUUUCAUUGCUAGCCCACGAUGGCAAGGUCUUUCAAGCUAUGCUCAAGUGAUUGUUCCUCAAGGUUUGGUUCAAGUACCUAGCUGGAACACAUUUCCAGGACAAUUAGGAGCUGUUUCAUCAUCCGAGAGUCCAUUGCUUAUGCCACGAACAUCUUCAUUUUUUGGGACAUCUCGCCAAAGUGAAACAGUGGCAGGAGCUCAAGGGACAGUCCCAUCUUACCGAUCAAAUGCUCUUCCCAUGGGUCAGUACAUAAUGGCAAGGGACAGUGUCUUCCCUGAAAGACCUGAUCAACCUGAAUGCCAAUUUUAUAUGAAGACAGGAGAUUGUAAAUUUGGCGCAGCCUGCAAGUUCAAUCAUCCUCGAGAGAGAAUGGUUCCUCCCCCUAACUGUUUGCUGAGUCCGUUAGGCCUUCCUUUACGCCCUGGAGAACCUUUGUGCAUUUUCUAUUCGAGAUAUGGCAUCUGCAAGUUUGGAGCCCAUUGCAAAUUUAACCAUCCAAUGGCAACACCCAUGGGGUUGUAUGCUUACAGUCUUUCUCCAUCCUCUCCGGUUGAUGUUCCAAUGGCAAGAAAUUUCCUCGUCUCCUCGUCAGGCCCUCCACCCCUAGAAGUUCCUCUCGAAGCUACCACUGGGAAGUCUAGGCGCCUUUCUCUCUCUGACUCCCGGCAAAUUGCCUCGGGCAAUGAAAGCAUUCAAUCGGAGGGAUCACACCACCUCUAACGUCAGUGGGAAAGUUUCUUCUUUUUCCUAACUAUACGAGAGAGGUGUCCUUGUAAAUGAAAACUCAUCCAUGGUGAUGAGUUUGUGCCUGUGCCUGUGCCGAUAAUGUACAGUUUUUUUUUUUCACAAGGACUGCAACGUGCUGUGCUGAAGGGUGAUGAAGUCUCCAUUCUUGUUGUGUUUCAUUUUGAGAUAAAAGAACAAACGGAAAAAAUUAUUCUCUGUAUAUCUGAGAAACUUUAUGUAUGUAAUUCUGUGAAAAGCCA